CCAAAAGCUACAACUCUAACUAACUAGCAACUAUAGGGCGAAGCGAAACCGUUACGUAUAUAGUCCAAUACCAACCCCCUUUCCCCUACUAACUUUCUUUAUUCUCGUAAUUCUAUCCAUAAUAAAAUAAAAAACUCGUAAUCUCUCCAAAACCCACAGGAAAAAAGAAGAAGAAUCUUGAAAAGCCUAACAUAAUUCAUACAUAUAGACAAGCAGAGCACAAUGGCAUCAACGAUCAAGUUUAGUAGACCACCAAUUCUUGCGUUUCUUUUGCUUCUCUUAAUGUCUUUCUUGUAUAUAUCUUUGGCCGCCUAUUGUGGUUCAAUGGGUGGCUCCUCUGGAGAAAGUUCUCCCGUCUCUUCAGGCGGUGGCUCUUCUUUCUCCCCCGUCGGAAGAGGCUCUUCUUCCUGGGACUAUAUAGACUCUGGGGGAAGUAGAGGGCAGGGAGGAGGACGGAGAGGCAGCAAAGUAGAUGUUAUAAUAUUUGUUACCGGCGUCGUGAUCUUAGUUUUAUUCUGUGCCGGUUUUAUGAUUGCCUUCUGCUGCUCUGAAUACCAAAAAGAUCGGAAAAGGAAAAAAUCAGAACAGUACAGGAGAGAGCCAAUAAAAUCAGAACAGUACACGCUUAUAAUGGUUCAGGUGGGCCUAAUGGGCAAGGCUCUUUCACUUCAAAACGAGCUCAAUGAAAUUUCCAGCACUGCAAACACUUCUACAGCGAGGGGAUGGCACCGCAUACUGACAAAAACAGUGUCGGCGUUUCUACGAUAUCCAGAAUACAUGAUCUCUGGCUUUUCAUCGGUAGAAAAGUAUAGUACCACUGGAGUAGUGCUAAUGAGGUUCAAGCAGCUCUCGAGUGAAGAAAACGAGAAGUGUCAUGCAGGAUCACUGGUAAAUUUCAACAACGUCAAUAUACAAAGAGAAGGCGUUCCUGGAAAAAAUUAUAGUAAGUUCAUCUGUUUCAAGUACUUCCUCUGACAAAUCGAUUACUUUUCUUGUUUGUUUUGACAUACUGAGCUAACUAUUUUUUCGUAAUACUUUAUCCUUUUCAAAGUACUACAUGUCUACUAAAUACUCUUUAGGAUGACUUUGGAUUGAUCAAUUGGAGCAGCAUACGCUUCUGAACCUUAGAGUUUUUUUGUUUUUUUUGGUAGCACAUGGUCACCAAACCCUAGAUGCAAAUUCUACAAAAGGAAUAUGAUCACAAAACACUGCUACAGGGGCAAACUCUCCUUUUCUUUCAUUUUCUUAUUGUUACUGAAUCUACUUUAAGUGCUUAUUUAAUUGAUCAAGGAAGUUCCGUAUCACGAAUAUUGUUAACUUGAAGAUAGCCUUCGCUGUAGCUUCAAAUGAAACAAAAACAUGUAUAAACCAGACAUUAUUUGAUGCUCUGAAAUGUCUGCUGAAUCUCUCCUUUCUAAACUAUCAUUGGUAAACAUUAGACUAUCUGUAUCUAGAUCUUCUUACGGUGAAAUCUCCUGCGUCCUCCUUCAAAUGGAAUUAAAAUGAUGCUGUGAGAAAAAUAAGGGGAUAUUUGUUAUCCAAGAAAGAAGUGAUGCGUGAGCUGGACAGAAGCCAAUACUAGUUUUUUAUUCUUGUCUUUAGAUGGCUCCUACUUGUUAACUUGACCUCUUGCAGAACGUAUUUUGAAAGUCUGAAAUAUCUGUAUUUUUUAUUAUUCUACCCAUACUUUUCUCUUGACACCCGUUCACAGGUGACAAUCCUGGUGGCUGCUAACGGUAUGUACAAAGUUCCUGCUAUUAGAAGCACAGAGGGCAUCAAAGGUGCCUUGCUAUCUUUGAAUGUUGAUGCACAAGAACUUGAGGCUGUAGAGGUGCUCUGGACUCCGCAGGCUGAGAAUGAAACAUUGUCUGAGCAGGGAUUUCUCCAAAACUACCCACGUUUGAGGCCGGAUUUUAUGACCUGAUAAAGGCAUCUGUUCGAAACUUUGAUGACAGGCAAUUUUUAGUUUUGGAACGCAAUACACUGCAAGUAGGAAGAUGUUUUCGUUAUGUCAAUAGUCUCCCCCACUUUUAGGAUUGAUUACAAUAUAUUCUAGGAUAUUUUUGACACCUCUAUGUGCUAAGAAACUUCACUCUGUUUAUAUCUGCCUGUAAAGACUUACCUCAUUUAGACACAAUUUCUGCGAAUAUCACAACAGUUGAGAAAUUUGUUGUAGGCUUACCAUUUGAUUUUCUAUUUUCCAAAUAAACAAGCUCUACCCAGGGCUUGUUUGUAUCAUAAUCAUAGUUUUGUACUUCAGGUACUUUUCGGGCGAACAUAAGAAAUUAAUCUGACAACAAAGGAUGGAUAUGAGGAUGAUAGUUUUUGUUCUUGUAACU